AUGGGGGAAACGCUCCCAAGGGUGCCAGGAGGUGUUCGGCUCCACAGUGACACUGUGAGUAGACCGGUGCAGACCCUCAGGGUUAAGAUGGUUCUUCUGGGGAGCUCUGGUGUGGGGAAGUCCAGCCUGGCACUGCGAUUCGCCAAGGAUGAGUUCAGGAAUACGUCACCUACUAUAGGCUGUGCCUACCUGACCCGGUUGGUGCAUCUGAAUAACGUCACUCUGCGCUUUGAGAUAUGGGACACGGCAGGACAGGAGAAAUACCACAGUGUCACCCCACUUUACUACAGAGGAGCCCACGCUACACUGCUAGUCUACGACAUCAGCAAAAGGGAAACAUUUAUCAGAUCUCAAGUGUGGCUUAAAGAGCUUGAGAAACAGAACAUCCCAGGAUCCACUGUCAUAUGGCUGGUGGGCAACAAGGGGGAUCUGGCACAGGACCGACAAGUCUCAGUGCAGGAAGGACAGAGUCUGGCCAAUGACAAGGGCUUAUUUUUCAUAGAGACAUCAGCCAUGACAGGGGAGGAAGUUGGGAAGCUGCUGAUAAGUGUAGCCCACACAGUGUACGAGUGCAUUGGAGAGCAGCAGGGAGGUCUGUCAGAGUGGCAGGAGGCACCAGCUGUGGAUCUGCGCCACAGAGACUCCUUCAAUCCUUUUGCACUCUGCUGCAAAGUUGGACCCUAACCUCCGUACAUCAUUGUCAGUAUUGGUUCUUGUCUUUGUUUCUCUGUCUGUCUUCACCAUUUUAAAGCUGCACUUAUAGGAAACAUAUGUGUAGCUGGUAAAAAGAAAACAUCUCAAUUUAAAAAGACUUGUACAUUCUGAGUCUAUGGUUCGUUUUUCCGUUUUCCUACUGUUUGAACUGACUCCUAUCCACUGUGGUGGACAGAAGCCAAGGAACACAUUUUUCUUGGAGGAGAGAAAGACUUGAGGCGAAAAAACCUACUCAAUAUUAUCCACGCAGGAUAACUCCUUGGCUGCCGUGCUGCAGUUGUGUUGAGAGAGAUCUUUCCACAACAGUUCCAUUAGUUGCACUGAUUUUCCCUCGCGGGUUUAUGAUCAACCCCCUCAGAAUCUGUCACUAAACCAGAUGUUGAACUGAUACCAGUUCAUUUCAUUCACUGUCUCCGGGCAGAGAUCCCCCCGAGCUGUAUUCAGUUCAGAGUGUGGUUCUCCGAAUUCCCUUUUUUUUUACACAUUAGAGACCCUGUCAAGGUUAAUAAAGAUGAUAAUAAAGAUAAUAAUUAUAAUAAUAAAACUGUUUUAACAGUGCACAUUUUGAAAGUAUUUCCAUUGUCGGAAAUUAUUUCAUCUGUACAAACCUGGGUGGGUUCGUGACAUAAGUACUGUGAAUUAUACAUACAUUUGCCCAACUUGCAUGACU